AUGUUCCACUGUACUGUAGGGCGAUACAUCAGCUAUAAGCUCCUCCCACCUCAGAACAAACACUCUGAACACCUCUGACCAUAGACAUAGAUCUAACUCUACAGCUCUGACAGACAGACAGACAGACAGACAUCAUGAUCAGAGUCCUCCUCACAGCUACUGUCUCACUCCUCUGGCUCACAGGUGAAGAUAAGGUUCAGUAUAUCAGGUGAAGAUAAGGUUCAGUAUAUCAGGUGAAUGUAAGGUUCAGUAUAUCAGGUGAAGGUAAGGUUCAGUAUAUCAGGUGAAGGUAAGGUUCAGUAUAUCAGGUGAAGGUAAGGUUCAGUACAUCAGGUGAAGAUAAGGUUCAGUACAUCAGGUGAAGGUAAGGUUCAGUAUAUCAGGUGAAGGUAUGGUUCAGUAUAUCAGGUGAAGAUAAUGUUCAGUACAUCAGGUGAAGGUAAGGUUCAGUAUAUCAGGUGAAGGUAAGGUUCAGUUAGUAGAUAAUCUGUUUUAUUAUUGUCUCUCUGUGUUUCAUCUUCCCUCUCUCCUCCCCAGGUUCCUGUGUGUCCCUCUCUGUCCACCAAUCUCCUCUUCAACUCACCAAGAGGCCAGGAAACACCUUAAAGAUUACCUGCAGUCACCAUGACAGAAACUAUGAUAAGAUCUACUGGUACCGUCAGACACAUGGACAACAGCUCCAGAUCAUCGGCUUCCUGUCCUUUAAAGAAGCGUUUGAUGUUGCCGAGAACUUUAACAUCUCAGGCGACGCAGAGAAUGAGGGUUUUCUGGGGUCGCCUGCAGUGAGAGUUGAAGACACUGGGGUAUAUUAUUGUGCUGUGAGUAAAGCACAGUGAAGCAGAUACACUUUGCACUACACACAAAACAAAACCCCUCCCCCUCCCUCUACACCAUACACAAAACCACUCCCCUUCCUCUAAACUACACCAAAGAUUGUCUAUUAUAUUGACAAGAUAUUCGAGUGACCGCUCUAACAAUGGAAACACAGGUCCCCAAAGACAGAAGGCAGGCAGGAGGAGAUGAGAUCAGGUGGGACCAUUCUAGCCAAUGAGAGGGCAGAUACGCGUGUGAACAACAGGCCAUAGAGAUAGAUAGAGGACUCAUCUUUGUAUCUGUGCCAUUACAGCGUCUGUGACAGCAUGGGCAGCACCAUUGAGGCGAUCUCCAUUUUAAAGUAGUCCGUUUUCUUCUUCUUCUUCAUAGAACUCGCCAGCUUGUAGUCCUAAAACCCGGAAAUGAGUUUCCUCUGGUUCGUUCAGCCAUCUCUAUGGGGAAAAUGAAUGGGGAAAGAAUAGGGUUUUGAGAUAAACACCGAAAAUAAGGUCAGAGGUCAACACAGGCUUAGGAGAUUUUAUAGGUUUUAUUCUAUGAGAUAAUAUCAGUCAGUUAACGUGACCUUUAUGAAUUAUGAGGCCUUUAUGUGCUUUUUCUGAUUACAUAAAUGCUUCAUAAUUUAUAAAAAGUUAGCUGAUGGAGAUUAUCUCAUAGAACCAAACGUAUAAGGUUUCCUAAACCUGGGUUUACCACAGACCUUUUCUUCAGUGUUUAUCCAAAAACCCUACAAAAACUCCAUUCAUCCCCAUAUGUAAAAAUGUAUGCACACAUGACUGUAAGUCGCUUUGGAUGAAAGCGUCUGCUAAAUGGCAUAUUAUUAUUAUUAUUAGUAUUAUUAUUAUUAUUAUUAUUAUUAUUAUACGCUUUGUCCAACGAACCAUGGCGGAGUUAAUGCCUUCAAAAAGACGCCUCACCCAGUUGACUACUUUAAAAUUAUUAUUCUUCGUCUUCUCCUUCCUCUUCCUCUUCUUCUCCUCACUCUCUCCCUCUCUCCACGGGUUCCUCUCUGAACACCACCAUUCACCAGAGUCCUGUAUCUGUGAUCAGGAACCAGGGAGGGCCAGAGGAGCUGCAGUGUUCCCACAGAACCCCAGCCCUAGACCGGCUCUACUGGGACCAGCAGACCGCAGGAGGAGGAACACAGAACCACAGAACCCCAGCCCUAGACCGGCUCUACUGGGACCAGCAGACCGCAGGAGGAGGAACACAGAACCCCAGCCCUAGACCGGCUCUACUGGGACGAGCAGACCGCAGGAGGAGGAACACAGAACCCCAGCCCUAG